AUGAGGAGACGAAGGAGCGGGUGCAGCACGUCCACCGAGUGGCACGACGCCAGCGGCGCCAGCUUGAUGGCCUUGUGCGGAGCUCGCAGGAGGCCUUGGACUGGCUUCUUUCACUCUGCUCCUGAGCAGCAUCGCUUCCGGGCCGCUUUGUGCCGGAGCGGUCGCGCGCAACUUCCGAGCUUUCGGAUCAGCCAUCCAUCUUUCGCAGCGACCGGAGCCAAUGUGCCCGCGCUCGUGGAUCGCUUGCAUGAGCAGGUUUUCGGAUCAGCCAUCCAGCUUUCGCAGCGACUGGAGCCAAUGUGCCCGCGCUGGUGGAUCGCUUGGCAUUCCGACCUUGCAUCCAAGCUCACGGAGCAGGUUUUCGGAUCAGCCAUCCAGCUUUCGCAGCGACUGGAGCCAAUGUGCCCGCGCUGGUGGAUCGCUUGGCAUUCCGACCUUGCAUCCAAGCUCACGGAGCAGGCCAUUGGAAAAGCAGCUGCGAGCUCUGCUGGGCUACGAUCCCGAGUCGCGCUGCCUGUACGGCUUCUUUUUCAUUUGACCCAGUGA